AUGUCGUAUGUCCGGCGUCAGCGUCAAGAUGCCCUGGCACACGCCCUUGCACAGCAGCCAGGUCCAUCCCAUCACGAAACAGCCCCAGUCCCACCAGUUGAUUGUGCUGCUGCGUCUUCGUCGUCUGCUGCGUCUGUUGCCUCUGCUUCUCCCCUGACGAUGAAUGACAGCUCUGGCCAGCAGCGGCAGCAGCAGCACCCUCAACCGCACCAGCAGCAGCAGCAGCAGUACCACUUCCGGCCGCAGCACAGUGCGCAGAAAGAGCAGCAGUAUCAGGUGAAGGGAGACGGCCGCCCCCCUGUUCGCUACUCAGCCGCUCCCGUGCUCUCUCGUCCGCUGUCUACCCAUGCGCUGCACCCGUCCUAUUCCUCACAUCUACACCAUCAUCUACCAAACCAACAGCAACAGCAACUACCCCGGCUGCCCCAGGAUGCCCUGAACAUCCAUACCGAUAGCAGACUAGCCCACACUCAACGUGCUCUUCCUCAGACGGGGGCCGCAUCACAUCCUUCCUCACGUCUUCCUCCUGCUGCCCCUUCGCCCUCCUCCCCAGCCGCCAGACUGGAUACCUCAGUCUCCUACUCCCCUUUUCCUCGCCAGCUCCAGACGACGCCGACCUUUCACUCUCUCGACAACAGAGUUAGCCCAGUCUCUUCUCUGUCGCCUUCUCCUUCUGCCCUUUACUUCCACGAGCGCAUGGCGGGCCAGCACCAGGGUCAGGGGGCGAGCCAGGCGCUUUCUCUACGUCUACAACGGUCUAGGGAACUGAUGGCUACCAGCAGAGAACCAGAGGGAGGAGAGAAGGAAAGCGAACAGAAGGGGUCAAGUGCAGACAAGGACGAUACAUCACACUCACACUCACCUUCAGAUUCAGUCUCCAUGUCCGCCGCUUCUGGUUCUACUCCCAAUACAUCACCCAUCAUGCCGACGAGCACAACAAACAACCACCAGAACCAGCCGCAGCAGCAGCAACAACAACAAGUUUCCACCAGCAAGCCUGCAUCGACCUCAUCGACCCCAAAACCCACACCGCGCACUUCUUCUAUAGACUCCGCGAUCUCCUCUCUCUCUUCCAGCUCCCAUCCAACAACCCACUCGCACAAAUCCUCCGUCGACAGCCCCGCCAUCACUUCCACAGAUAUCAGCAACCUGAUUUCGGCCGCUAACGGCUCGCCAGAGGCUGUCAUUGCACAUCUAGUUAAAGAGAAACAGCAGGCUGUCUCUCAAAACUCGCAACUAUGGAGACUCGUGGAAAAACAGCGUCGUAUGGUCCUGGCGCUUAACAAGGAUCUAGAGCGUGCGAUGGAGGACAAGGACAAACUGAAGAAGAAAAUCAAAGAGUUGGAAAAAUGGAAGGAGGAUGCCAUCAAAGCAGAAGCCGACAGAAAUGCGACUGAAACUCCUAAUGGUCUCCCCGAAGAGGGCACCAACGACGAUGCUUCUCUGGCGGCUAAAUUGCCAGUGCAGACCCCUGUAUCCGAAUCACCCCCUAAAUCACAACCCACGCCGCCGUCUCGCCGUGCACCUCCAGCGCCAUUACAGCUCUCGGGUAGCCAGCGUCUUCGUCCCCAUAUCGAAGUAGAGCAGUCGAACAACCAGUCCUCUAGCAGCAACUCCAACGCAGUCGCAUCAGACUCCGAAUACGAUUCAACCGCCGAGGAGAAUGACCUUCCUACCUUCGAACGCGGCCGACGGAAAACCCGCGAAGAGGAUGACCGGCUACGAGAAGCCAUGCUUGCGCAGAAGGAGAAAGAACUGUCUAAAUCAAAAUCGAAGUCGAAGUCGAAGAGCCGUAGUCAGUCAGACAAGAAGGCAAAAAGCAUCAACCCACCUGAAGCUCUCCAGAAGGAACAGGCACAACAGGAGGCCCGGACUGGACCUGCACCUACCACUGGAUUUGCUGGUGUAGGAUUACCUGCCAGCCCUCGUGCAUCUGUCUCGCCUCCCUAUGCUGCCAGACAAGCUGGACAAAGCCUAGCAUCCAUCCUAGGCCCUGUAGAUGGCUCCAAAUCUCUGAGGGCGAGACUUACCAAGGCACCACCAAUGAGUCCUGGAUUGCCGCAAAGCCCACGGCCUGGUGAUAGACCCAUCGGAUCUCCUAUGCCUCGUAUGCCUAGAGAAGGGCAUAUGAAUAUCUCAACACCUUUGCGAAAUGCUUUCCCCGCACCUUUCCAGGCCUCGCAAUCGCAGCAACCUACCAAUCCCCACAUCCAUCAAUUAGUACAACAUGAAAAGAAGGGGUCAACAACUUCCACCUCCACAUCAACAUCAACAUCUACCACUAUACCCACCAUCGACCCUGCUGUGCAGAUUGAUAGCUCAACUCCCACCGCCGCUACCACACCAAAAACCAUUUACCGUGGCCUUGUAUCGGAUGAAUACCCGGAUCUGCUACUCCCACCUAAUUCAUUACCUUCAAUUCUCAUUCAAGUCUCUUCUUCCCGUCUCCGCCCAUCACGGCAGAGUUAUAUGAACCUCAAUUCUUCCUCAGCAGCUGAGCGUGGCAAUCCCGAUGAAGACCCUGUAUUCACACUCAGUGUUUUUGCUCGCUCGUCUAAGUCGGAGUUAUGGCGGGUUGAAAAGCCCAUCGUAGCUCUUCCGCAGCUGGACCAGCAGGUAAAGGCUUUAUGUAGGUUUUCUGGCAGGAUACCAGACCGCUCUGUGUUCAGUGGUCAUUCACCAGCAAAGGUUGAUGAGAGACGUGCUGCGUUAAAUAAUUAUUUCGAAGCGCUACUCGACACACCUAUGGACGAUGAGGCUGCAUUGGUGAUUUGCCGAUUCCUCACUGCCGAUGCCAUUGAACCAAGGGAUGAUGAGAUGAGUCUCGCUUCUGGAGGUGGGAAUGUCAAUUCCUCUGCUGGUGGCUCCCAAGAUAUCAAGGCAACUAUCCAGGUAGGAAACGAUGGUAAGCCAAAGAUGGAAGGGUAUCUCACCAAGCGUGGUAAAAACUUCGGUGGCUGGAAGUCACGAUAUUUUGUUCUUCAUGGGCCAGAACUGAAAUACUAUGAGCACCCUGGUGGUACACAUCUGGGCACCAUACGCAUCCAGCAUGCUCAAAUAGGCAAACAAUCCAGUCAGGGCAAAAACGGCUCAUCUUCGCAGGCCGAAAACUAUGAUGAUAACCAAUACCGCCAUGCGUUCUUGAUAUUGGAACCGAAAAAGAAGGAUUCAAGCUCUCUAGUCCGCCAUGUACUUUGUGCAGAGAGCGACGAAGAGAGAGACGCCUGGGUUGAUUCUCUGCUCAGCCAUGUCGAACAGAUCGAGGGGGAGAACGACGAUAAAGAUAAGGAAACACAGAUGGACAAAGACGGCAAAGAUGAAACAGCGAAUAAACCCCGCAUACCCCUGAACAACUCAAGCGUAAACACAAACGCGACUAAAAAAGGCUCAUCAAAGGAUUCCUCAGACGUCCCUGAGGCUGAGGGCAUUCGUGCGCUAAGCUAUGAUGAUGUCGUGGCUGCCGAAGCGCCCGUUAGGGGUGUACCCCAGGGCUACGAGUCCACCGACUCCCUUGCAACACCGCAAUCUCACCUCGACCAAGCUAUGCCACUGACCCCUUCAUUUAAACCGAUCUCAGGUCCUACAAAUGGGGUUAAGAUCCAAGAUCCGUCGGCUUGGGGCAACAAACCUAGCACUAUGUCUUCUGUGAAGGAGAAGAAGCGCAGCAUCUGGGGCUUCUCUCGUCAGGCUGCCAAUGAUUCCGUUAGCUCCACCUCCCGCCAGGAUUCAAUUAGCGGAACAACGACGUCUGGGGGUGGGAAUGGAAGUGCAUCUUCUCUCGAGCAUAAGGAGACGAUACGUGCUGUAUUUGGAUUGCCUCUUGCAGAGGCCGUGGAGUUCUGUGCAUGUCCUGAGCCUGGAGCCGAUACUACUCUUCCUGCUGUCGUAUACCGAUGUCUCCAAUACCUCCGUGCUCGCAAGGCCGAGUGCGAGGAAGGCAUCUUCCGUCUUAGUGGCUCUAAUGUAGUUAUUAAGGGCCUUAAGGAGCGGUUUAAUACCGAAGGAGAUUUGGAUUUCUUGGAAGGAGACGUAUACUACGAUGUCCAUGCCGUGGCUUCGUUAUUCAAGCAGUAUCUUCGGGAAUUACCGAUCACAGUACUAACCAAGGAGCUUCAUUUAGAUUUCAUCAGGGUUCUAGAUCUGGACGACAAGCAAAAGAAGAUUGCUGCGUUCCACACUUUGGUCCACCGUUUACCAAAGCCAAAUAUAGCACUCCUCAAGGCCCUCUCCGAAUUCCUUAUUAACGUAGUCAACAAUUCAGACGUCAACAAGAUGACGGUUCGAAAUGUCGGCAUCGUCUUUGCUCCAACCCUCAACAUCCCUGCCCCUGUAUUCUCUCUAUUCUUAUCGGACUUUGACCUAAUAUUUGGCGAUACUCCGCCAUCCUUUCCACAAGCUCGUGGCUCAUCCCCCAGCUCUCCUCCUGGGACUGCCCCAGGCUCCGGGUCAGGGCCGGGAAGCCCUGGCUCUAUUGUCGAAGUCACCGUCGAGUCUCCGGGACUAAACCCGGAAGACAUACGCUCCCCACGACAUCAAAUGUUCUCUGAUUUACCAUGUACACCUGCUUACGACCAGAACUCUUUCCACGGUCAAUCCAAUGAUGCUAAUGCUUACCGACUCGCAAAAGAAAACUACGAUAUCAACGCUGGUUUCGCAUCUCUUCACUCACACCAACACCAAUAUGACCCUUCCACAACUCCAAUGAACGUGAACGUUAGCCGAGACGGCCAGUUCGGUGGCUUGGAUGGCAUGUUGGCGCCAUCAGGCAGCUCUUCACAACCAAGCAAAUCGAAACGCCGCGAGAGCUCUCUGUUGUUCAUGUCACUUGGCAGCAGGAAGACCUCCCUCCCUAAGAUUCGUGAUGAAGAAUAA